CGCACAACCUCUGGUUCAACUCGGUCUGCUUCGUAAAGCUCAUAGUUUACAAAGCAAUUUCUCGUGGUCAACAGACAUAUUUUAAUCCAUUCGUGAGAUAUUUAUCGAGGUCUGGAAGAGAAAUUAGCAUUCACCAUGUCAGCGCCAAGUUUGACUAAACUUCUUCAAAAUGAAGACCCUCCAAACGUGACAUUGGCGAAAGCAGCCGAACUCAGUCCGAUCUUUCUCAAGAACUGUAACCACGUCAUCGAUCAAAUCUGUGAACACAUCGAAGAGAACUUUCCCGCAAGCGUAGGAAAAAUUAAAAAUUUCAUCCAGGGCGGCUCCCUAGGCAACGGCACAGCCGUGUACGGUCGAGAUGACGUGGACUCUGUAGUCGUCGUGUGUUUUGAUUACGACACUACUGAUGUCAAAGAAUUGCUGAAGAAACACAAGGCCAAGAGUCGUAAAAUCAUGGAUACAAUCGAAGAACGUUUGGUGAACAUGGUCUCCUUCGACUUAGAAGUUGACGAGGUUACCGACAGCGGCAUUGCGUGUACCGUUACCAUUCCCAGCGGACCUCUGGAUCUCAGUGUCUACGUCAUGGCCACGUUUUAUGUUGACGUCAAAAAAUCCGCGAUUCGAAACGAGGUUUACGAUCAACUCGGAAAGGCGUCGUCAGAAGAGGUCGAAAUGCUUGGCUCUGCUCUGUCUCAAUUACAAGUCGAUUUCGUCAAAGAUAUGGACCAACAGCUCAAAUGCUUGAUGAAACUGGUCAAAUUUUGGGUGCAAAAAGGUUUUGUGGAGAAGGAAAAUCAGAAUCUUCCUUCGCCAUACUUGCUGGAGCUCGUCACCAUCUUUUGUUGGCAGCACGCGAGCAGCCCCGAAACGUUCAAGUUCGCGAGCGCGUUUCGCGCUAUUCUGCUCACGCUGCGUGAUCACAAGUCGUUGAAGGCAGUCUGGGACAUCAACUAUAGAUGGGACAGAGCACAGGAUGUCGUGCACUUGGAGAGGCCUCCGAUCGUGGUGGAUCCUGCAAACCCGACCGUGAACCUGUGCCGCGAUUGCAACGCCUGGGACGAGGUCGCUCGCGGUGCCGACCAAACCCUUAAAACGCCUCUCCUUAGAAGUCUUUCAUCGCCCAAGAGUGUUUGGAGUUAAAACAAUGGACAACCGGGAAAUUCUCUUCGACUACGAUAUGCUAUUAGAUUUGUGUCGACUCUUUUGUCUAAAGCAUUAGAUGGCUUAAAGAAUUGCUUUCAAAAACUAGCUUGGACAGCCCUUUUCUUUGGACAAUAAAUAGCCUUGUAAUAUCUUCUAUUUUAUGUAGUAUUCAUUUUUAAAAUGUGUUUUAGCGUUUUCACAAAAUAGAGCUAUUAAUUGAAAGUUGA